UACAGUCCGUCGACGUCCUGCGCGGGAGCGGAAAACGUGCUUGUGACUGUGUUUUCCUGGUUAAAAAAAAAAAAAGUGUUGUUCAUCAUCUCUUCACUGGAAUACAACGAAAACAUUGGCCUUUUUAAAACACGUCUGAACUAAUUAGAGCUUGGUAAAACAUUCAGCAUGGCUAGAGAUUGGAAACCCGGUGAUCUGAUCUUUGCCAAGAUGAAGGGAUAUCCACAUUGGCCUGCAAGAAUCGAUGAAGUCCCUGACGGAGCUGUGAAACCAUCCAAUAUCAAGUUGCCCAUCUUCUUCUUUGGCACCCAUGAAACAGCAUUUCUUGGCCCAAAAGAUAUCUUUCCAUACCUGCCAAACAAAGAGAAGUAUGCCAAGCCCAACAAGAGGAAAGGCUUCAAUGAAGGAUUGUGGGAGAUUGAAAACAACCCAAAGGUUGAGCUCACUGCUCCCAAGCCUGUCCCUCCUGAGUCUUUCACUGGAAAGGAUUCGGACAGCAACCCGGAGGGAGAAGAGGAAGCAGACGAAAAGGGGAUCAAAUCCAAAGUUCCAGGAAGUGAGGCUGAGCAGGAGAAUGAGAAUGAUGAUGAUGAUGAGGAGGAGGAGGAGGAGGAGGAGGAAGGGUCUCUGAAAACUGAGCAGGGUCCUCAGAACCAGGAUGGCUCGGCACAGAAAGAAUCCACAGAUGCUCCUAAACCCAAGAGAGGAAGAAAGAAAAAGAGUGAAGCUGACCAAGAGAUGGAAAAAGAAGAUGCUCCUGCAAGUCCUGGUAGUCCCUCAGGUGGAGAAGUCCCUAAAAAAAGAGGCAGGAAGCCCAAGAGCGAGAAGAUGCUUUUACUGCAGCAGGAGCAGCAAGGCUCAGGAAGUGAAAUGGAUACUGCUGAGUCCGACAGAAAGAGGAAGAGGGCGACAGAGGACAAGUCCAAGAGUGGAGAGGAGGAGAAGAAGAAGAAGGAGGAGAGCAAAGGAAAGGACGCAGAGGGAGAGCCUGAAGCCAAGAAGAAGAAGCAGUCCAAGGAUGAAGGCUCAACUGGCUCUGACGAUGAUGAGAAAAACAAAGGCAGAAAGAAAAACUCAGAAAUGGACAAAGAUGUGCGGCGGCGGAAAGCAGAUGAACUGAGAGAGCCAAGUAAAGAUGACGGAAAGAAAACGGACGACAAGACAGGAGUCAAGAAAAAGGAGAUAUCUACUGACUCCAAACUCCAGAGACUGCACAGUGACAUCAAGAUUUCACUGAAGAUUGACAACCCUGAUGUGAAGAAGUGCAUGGAUGCUUUAGAUGAGAUCAGCGCGCUUCAAGUCACAACCCAGCACCUGCAGAAACACAGUGAACUUAUCGCCACGCUCAAGAAGAUCCGCAGGUUUAAGGCCAGCCAGGACAUCAUGGACAAGGCCACCAUGCUGUAUAACAAGUUUAAGACGAUGUUCCUGGUCGGAGAGGGCGACUGUGUGCUCAGCCAGGUGCUCAACAAGUCUAUAGCUGAACAACGGCAGCAUGAGGAGGCCAAGAAAGGAGCACUGAAGAAAGUAGAACAAGCCAAGGAAAAUAACCCAGACAAGAUGACAAAUGGUGAUACCAGCCCUGCAGAGAGGAAGCAGGAGAUUGAGAAGGAGAGGGAGCUUGAGGACGUCCCAGUGGGAGAAAAUCACAGUGCUCCAAAGGCUCAGGAAGAGUCCACUUGAGUGUCCUUCAUCCUUGAAGAAAAGAGAAGAAACUUGCUGCUCUACGUUUACAACUCGAGUCCAAACUGGGAUCUCCUGCCUGGUUCCAUCUGACGAUUAAUGAUCGAUCAAUGGUUUCCAGUUUUACUGACUGACCGUCUGUACUGCUGCUUGAAGGUUUCAGUACAUCAAACCCCUCCACUACCUAAGAUAAAGAAAACUGACUGACAUAUUUUAUUUUUUUACUUUGUGUAAUCUUUAACUUUCAGACACCUUAUCUUGCGUAAUAUUGUCUUCAUUGUUCACAGAGACAGAGUUAGCACCUUUUGGUCCUAUUGUAUAACUGGAGUAGAUGGGUUUUGGUUGUAAUCAAUCAUUCCCAAUGUCUUUUAGGCCGUUUUUGACUUUGACAGAAUCGUUUAACGUAGUUGUAGUUAGAUGCACCAUUACCAUGACAAGUAAUAUUCAUUGCAUCAACAUAUUUUUAUUCACUUCAGAUGCACAGACACUGAAAAUUCAGAAGUUUGCCAAAGUUUGUCUUUCCACGUUUCCUCAGUCAUGUUCACGUGUAUUAUUUCUUGAAGUUGUUUUUAACAUAGAUGUAAAUAAGAGUAUUUUUGUGUCUGUCUGAAGUCAUUAUCCUGGAUCCUAUAAUAAAGUAGUACAUGAAGUAUUA